UGAGGAUUCUGUAGCCUCCCAGGGAACAUGGUUGCCCUUCCCUGAAGGCUUCCACAGCAAUGAGUUGGUGGAGGGACCAUUUCUGGAUCAUCUUAGCUGUGGCCAUCAUCGUUGUCUCCUUGGUCCUGGGUCUCAUCCUGUACUGUGUCUGCAGGAGGCAGUGUAGACAAGGCAAGAAAUGGGCAAUUGCCGAGUCCUGGAAACAGAAUGGAAGAGAUGAAGAAAAGAUGUAUGAGAAUGUUGUUGAUCCAUCACCAGGGCAGUUACCUGCUCUGCCGCCCAGGAAUUUGUCUUUUCCAGGAGACCCUGCCCCACAGGAAGCGCCAAGCCAACCACUGGCUUGGUACUCAUCAGUGAGGAAAGUUAGAAACAAGAAGGUCUUUUCCAUCUCGGGCUCCGAAAACGACUACGACGAUGUUGAGAUCCCAUCAAGCGCUGAAGACCACUGCUCUAAAACAACCACGCCUUCCUGGCAAGCUGAAAGGGGCUUACACAGCUCAUUCUAAAGUGAUCUAAUGGUUGGACUGUA